GUGGGCUUUGGUUAAUAUGAUACAAAAAGAAGCCAUUUUGUUGAAACCUGGAAGAAUGACAACAAUGAAUGAUCUUCCAAGAGAUUUGGUAGAGGAGAUACUCUUUAGGGUUCCGUUGACAUCUCUGGGAGCAAUACGAUCUACUUGCAAAAACUGGAACGUUUUAUCGAAAAAACAGAUCAUUGGUAAAAAGGCAACAGCAGCAAGGAAGCAGUUUUUGGGGUUCAUUAUGAUGGAUUAUAGGGUUUGCUCGAUUAAAUUCGAUCUGCAAAACGAGGGAGAGUUCGUUGAUCCAUCUAUAAAGCAAGUAGAUAUACUUAACCAAGUCGAGAUAUCUAGAGUCAUUCAUUGUGACGGCUUACUCCUAUGCGUCACUAAGGACAGCUCAAGGCUUGUGGUAUGGAAUCCCUAUUUGGGGAAAACUAGGUGGAUCCAACCCAGAACCAGUUUCCACAGGUCAGACAGGUAUGCUCUCGGAUGUGAUGAGAACCGUAAUCACAAAAUCUUGAGGAUUUUCGGUGAUUCAGGAUAUAGCCAAGAUUUUGGUUAUGAAAUUUACAAUUUUAGCUCUAAUUCAUGGAAGGUUUUUUAUGCCACUCCCGGGUGGAGUAUAGAGUUUUGUCAUCCUCAAUCCGGCGUGUCUUUGAAAGGCAAUGCUUAUUUCUUGGCUCAAACGCACAAAACAGUGGAAGCACAAAUGAGAGGGGAGGUCCUACUCCCUUUUGAUUUUAGAAUGGAAAAAUUUAGAGCAGAACUGCCUCUGCCUUUUCACUCCUAUGGUGCAGAUAGUUUUUUGUCUUUAUCUUGUGUCAGAGAAGAGCAGCUUGCGGUAUUAUAUGAAGGCUGGAGGUGUGGUCACACAGUGGAGAUUUGGGUUACGAAUAAGAUCGAUCUCGGUUCAGUGUCGUGGAGCAUGUUUUUGAGAUCGAUCUCUAGUUGUCACCUUAGUCCUCUAGGUAGGAGUUUCUUCAUUGAUGAGGAGAGGAAAUUUGGUGUGGUUUUCGAUCUAGACAACGAAUUUCCAAAGAAUAAUACCCCUUGCAACCAAACAGCCAACAUCAUUGGACAAGAUGGAUACUUCAAAUCUGUGAAUAUCAGAGAGGCUAAAAUUUACAGGAAACCUCACAGAUUUGGAAAGAUCCUGCUUUACUAUUUGCAACCACUUGUGUGCUCUUCUUCUUAUGUUCCAAGCUUAGUGCACCUGCAGCAGAUCAACCAACCUCACUCAGGUUGAUAUAUUAGCAAUUAGUCAUAUCCAUUGUCGAUACUUUACUUGCUUAUUGCAUCUUCUUUGAUUCAUCUGAGAGUUAUUUAUUACAUUGUAUUUUUGCUAUUUAUCAUAAAGAAUUUGGCUUUUCAACU